AUGGGAACCCUCCAAACUCCUAACCACUACAUGUCUCAAAGGCAUGACCAAAUGCUAGCUAGCAUCGGGGUCUUAGAGGAUGUCACAGACCUUACAGGGCUUCACCCAAACCAGAACCUCGGACGCCCAGACCCCUGCCCAGCCCGAGUCCAAGAGAGCCUACCCACAUCGACAAGGACGUCGCAGACGGUCCAAGAGGCCAGCGGGGCUGCGGGCUGCUGCCUUUUGUGCUCGGGGCCGGACGCGGCCUAUGGGCCGGGGAACGCCACGUCCGGGGCUCGUGAGCUGCAGAGCGGCGCGGCCCGCGUGGACAAACCCGGCGUGGGAGACGAGGCCGAACACACCCUUGCCCACGCCGCGCCCCGGAGCCCUCGACUGGGCGGGGAGGACCGGAGCUUCGGCGGGCGCCGCGUGGGGACACCCUCGCCCCCGCAUGGACUCCUGUCAGGCCGCCGCGGCGCCCACCGCCGACCCCGGGCUCGCCGCGGCCUGACACGGCCCACCCUGCAACGCCCCUCGCCCGCGCCCCGGGCCCGCCGUCGUCCCCACCCCCGGCCCGGGGAGAGCCUGGCGAGGAAGCCCCGGGCCCCCGGACACUGCGGAAGGCCUGGGUUACCUGGGGGGUUGCUGGUGGCUGGGCAGCUUUCCGGGAGUGAGGGGGGCGUCAGGACGAGGAAGAGGCGGGCGGGCGCAGCAGGAGAGGGGCGGGGGCGCUCGGCCGAGGCGCCGGCAAGCAGCGGGCAGGCCGAGAAGCUGCAGACGCACUGGCGGCAGUGGCGGUGGCAGCGGCGACGUUCCUGCAGCUCCCUCAGGGUCUUCCUCGGGCACGUCCAAGAUGGCGGCGCUCCCUGCACAGGGUUUCCUGUCACCCUCGCAAUGGGCCGGACCACAAAAGAAGGGGGGAGGAGGAUGCGCACGCAGCUGGAGAAGCCCGGAAGAGUGUGGCCGUGGCCCGGCCUGCUGGCCACGCCCCUUCCUCAGUCCUCCCCUCUGGACUCGUCGCAACGCUGCCGAACCCGCCCCUCUGGUCCUCGCGCCCGAAGGGGCGGAGGAAAGCGCUUGUGCGCAAGCGCAGUCGCGCGUCCUCGCCUCCUGUGGGAAGUUACUGCGCAGGUUUCCAUCGGACCUGCUGAGACCCCUAAAAGUAUUGUGGACCCUAGGCACUGUGCCUGCUGUACCUAAUGGAUAAGACAGCCCUGCCUCAAUCCACCAAAAUGAAGUUCAAGCCUGCUUUUAGCAUUCAAGACCUUUCAUAAGCUGGUUCUGCCAUGCGUAAGUGAGAUUUCAUUGGAAAAAUGUAUGGGAAUUUACAAAUAUCUUUUUUUCAGAACAAUCUGAGAAUGAAUCCCUGCUCUACAACUUACUAAUGAUAUCUUUGGGCAUGUCACUUGAUUUGUCAGAUCUUCAGUCUCUUCAGAAUAAGAAUAAUAAUAUCUAUCUCACAUGAGUCCUUGUGAAAAUUAAAUGAGAUAAUAUAUGCAAAAUGCUUGGCAUAUGAGAAUUUAAUACAUGGGAUGGUUAUUACAUGAUAACCUAAUAUAAGGUAAUACUAAUCUGUAAGGUAAUCCAUCAGGCUCCAGACACGCAGGCUCAGCGGCCAUGGCUCACGGGCCCAGCCGUUCUGUGGCAUGUGGGAUCCUCCCGGACCCGGGCACGAACCCGCGUCCUCUGCAUUGGCAGGCGGACUCUCAACCACUGCGCCACCAGGGAAGCCCCUAUUUCUAUAUUCUUUAACUCCAAUAAGUAUAGUUUGUUUGUUUCACAAUUUAACAUCUCUGAAAUCAGGAAAUUUGCCUGUACCAAAUAAAGGAGAAAGCUAUGAACCAACUGACACUACUGGUCCAGCUAUGAACUUAUGUCUGGCUAGAAAGUUUGUAUAUAUACAAUUGUCACCUGAACUGAAACCUUUAUGUAUAGCUAAUGCUUACUGAACACUUAUUGUGUUCCAGGAAAUGUCCUAAGAAUCAUGCAUAUUUUCUUAUUUAAUCCCUACAACAUCCCCAUGAAGUCACUGCUCUAUUCACCCCAUUUUAUGAAUGAGAAAACUGAGUGUCAUACAGGGCUAAAGUCAUAUAGGUGAAAACUGGUACUGGGAUUUGAAUUAAAACACAUAUAACUUCAGAUCUCCCAUCCUAAGCAUUACUUUGUAGUUCACGCUUUAUUUGCAUUUAGCAGCUUAAAUGUAGAUCUCUAAAUUUGCUUAAAUCUGUGUCAAAGUCAUUACACUUUGAAGCUGCAUUGAAAAGAAACGUUGUGAAUGCAGAAUGCCUAUCACAUGCUAAGCAGUGCAAUUAAAGAGUAGAAAUUGGCAAUUCUUGUAAUAAUUCACAGAAUUUUCAAAGUAGGAAGAGGUUGUGUGACACUAACUGCAGCAUACUUAAAAUGGACUGUCCUUUGGAUGACAAACAUCUGUCAGGGUUUCUAGUUGUUUUUUUUUUUAAAAAAGCUAUUUACAUGAAAAGAGUAUAUGCA